CUAACUGGUGGGUUACUCGGUCCCAACGCUGUAGACGAAGGCGGCGGCGAUGGCGGCGGGGAUAGUGGCUUCUCGCAGACUCCGCGACCUACUGAGCCGGCGUGAGUCACCGCUUGACUUAUGGUGGUGUAUCGCGCUGUCGUGCUGUUAUAGCAGCUGUAGGACGGGGAAGCCCAUCCGGGGUCACGAAGGACCCGAGUCCCCUAAAUUCAGGGGAUUGACAGCCUCCAACUACUCGGGCGUCGGUAUUAGCCUUCGCCUCACUGGCUCCUCUGCACAAGAGGAAGCCCCAGACCACAGCUAUGAGUCCCUUCGUGUGACAUCUGCGCAGAAACACGUUCUGCAUGUCCAGAUCAACCGGCCCAACAAGAGGAAUGCCAUGAACAAGGCCUUCUGGAGAGAGAUGGUAGAGUGCUUCAACAAGAUUUCGAGAGACGCUGACUGUCGGGCGGUGGUGAUCUCUGGUGCAGGAAAAAUGUUCAGUGCAGGUAUUGACCUGAUGCACCUGGCUUCGGACAUCCUGCAGCCCAAAGGAGAUGAUGUGGCCCGGAACAGCUGGUACCUCCGUGACAUCCUCACUCGAUAUCAGGAGACCUUCAGCGUCAUCGAGAAGUGCCCCAAGCCUGUGAUUGCUGCCAUCCACGGGGGCUGCAUUGGCGGAGGUGUGAACCUCAUCACCGCCUGUGACAUCCGGUACUGUGCCCAGGACGCUUUCUUCCAGGUGAAGGAGGUGGACGUGGGUUUGGCUGCCGAUGUAGGAACACUGCAGCGCCUGCCCAAGGUCAUCGGGAACCAGAGCCUGGUCAACGAGCUGGCCUUCACCGCCCGCAAGAUGAUGGCUGAUGAGGCCCUGGGCUGCGGCCUGGUCAGCCGGGUGUUGCCAGACAAGGAGGUCAUGCUCGAUGCUGCCUUAGCGCUGGCGGCCGAGAUUUCCAGCAAGAGCCCCGUGGCGGUGCAGGGCACCAAGGUCAACCUGCUCUACUCCCGCGACCACUCGGUGGCCGAGAGCCUCAACUACGUGGCGUCCUGGAACAUGAGCAUGCUGCAGACCCAGGACAUCGCCAAGUCGGUCCAAGCCGUGACUGAGAACAAGGAACUGAAAAGCGUCACCUUCUCCAAGCUCUGAGAGCUCUCGCAUCCCGUUCCCCAGCCAGGGGGCUGGCCUUGUCCCACCUCAUCCGCAGAAAGGGAGGAUGGGCGAUGACCGUUGUCUCUAUGCCUUCUCACCCAGUCUCCCAGUUUAUAACUAUAUGACAAUGACUUUCUCAAGCCCAAGGCCUUAUCUUCACCCCACGAACAAUAAAGCAAAGUAAAGAAA